AUGACAAAUCUGCUUUCUUAUGCGCCGUCCGGCGGCUGCGACGCCUGGGGUGCGGGUGCGGCGACCGGCGGCGAGGAUGGCGUCGGCGGCCCCUGCCACAGCGGCAACAGCUGGCUGCGGCUGCACUUCCCGGGCGCGCGGCCGCCGCGGCGGGAGGACGCGCGGUCGCUGAGGGCGUGGCUGCAGCAGCAGCUGGACGGGCUCCAGCAGCGGCUGGCGGCGCCCGGCGCGCUGGGGGCGGCGGGGCUGGCGGGGGGCGGCGGCGCUGGAGAUCGUGGAGCGGCCAGCGGCGCGGCGGCGGGGGCGGCGUCUGUUUCGUGCGUCCCCGACUUGGGGGAGCAGACGUCCCAGCUGCUGGCCCUAGCCACCCUGCCCGGCGGCGCGCUGGAUGUGGACGCGCUGCAGCAGCAGCAGGCGGUGCUGUCGGCGGCGUUUGGGGAGCUGUGCCGCCAGGUGUCCGUGGGCUGCAUCGAGCGGGGCCGCCUCAUGGCGCAGUGCUGGCUCGCGCUCGGCGACAUGCUGCGCGCCGCCCUAGCCGACCGCGGCGCCGCGCUCGGCGCCGCCGCGGCCGCGCGCGGCGGCGAGGCGGGCGCGCGGGGGGAGGUGGAGGACACGCGGCAGCGGGCGCGCGAGGAGGUGACGGCGCUGCGCGUGCUGAUGGAGCGCCACGCGGCCAAGGCGGCGGAGGCGCGGCGCGAAAAGGACGUCUUUGUAGAGAAGAAUCGGCAGCUGGAGGCCGCCCUCGCGCGCCUCACCAGCGUCCAGCUGCUGGUGCAGCGCGUGGACGAGCUCGAGACGGAAAACCUUCGCCUGGCGGAUAGCGGCGCGGUGCUGCAGAAAUCCCUGAACGAAGCCCAGAAGGAGCUCUCGUCUGCGCGCUGCACGGCGGAGGACAGGGCGGCGCGCGCGGCGGCGGCCGAGGCGGAGCUGGCGCGGGCGCACGAGCAGCUGGGGACGUCGACGCCGCGGCCGCGGAGGGACAUGGGUCUGCUGAGCGACCUGCUGAGCCCAGAGGAGCUGCUGCUGGUCGAGCAGGCCCUCAUUGCAGGCGCGCACUUGUGCAUCCCCUCGGAGCACGUGCACCGCAUGCUGCUGGCGCUCACGCCUGGCGGCGCGGAUGUGGGGCCCUGGGCGGGGCUGCUGGGCUGCUGCCGGCCCGCGCUGGACGCCGAAACCACGCCAGCAGGCCGCGAGCGGGUGCGCGCGACGCUGCUCGGCCUGCUGGGCGCCUGCGACGCCGCAGGGCUGUCUGCUUACGCUUCGCCGAGCGCCAUGGCGCUGCUGUCGCGCGCCAUCCACGUGGGGGCGGACUGCGAUGCAUUGAUGGCGCUGAUGGACGGCUCCCUGGGCUGCCCCGGCGGCCUGGACUGCAGCCCGUACGUCCCGCUGCUGGGCGCGCUGAGUCAGCGCUACGGCCACGACGCGUCGGAGCUGGGCGGACCCGUCACGGCCGCGCUUGCGCACGCGGCGCUGUCGACGCGCGGCCGCAUGGACGAGCUGGUGGAGCGCAGCCGGACGCUACACAGGGAGCUCGUCAUGUGCAAGCGCGCCCUGGCGGAGCAGCGCAAGCACGAGGCGGAUCGGCUGGAGGCCGCGCUGCGCGACCAGCACCGCCAGAUCAUGCGGCGCAGCGCGCGGCCGCUGUCGCUGAUCGACAAGUUCCUGCAGACCAAGUGGGGCGACUACUACACGGGCAUAGGCAUGUUCGAAGAGCUGCCGCGGGUCCUACGCUGCAAUGUGCCCGUCAACAACAAGUUCGUGCGCGCGAGCGCGCGCGUGAUUGCGCGCAUGUCCAAGCGCGAGGCGGAGAAGCUCGUCCAAGAAGUGUGGGCGGCCAAGGACGAGUACGAGGGGCUGCUGGGGCACAAGGUCCACCUCCACGAAUUCCUUUGGACGUUCCUUGAGAAGCGCUUCUUCGCCAUACCCCGCCUCGUCAUCGAGGUGGCAUACAACAUGAUCUAUUCGCUGGGCCAGCACAGCUACGACGCCGACUGCAACCUGUUCCUGAGGAUAUUCAGUGGCGACGUCGAGGAGGGGGUGCGGCAGGAGCAGGAGGCGCUCGAAGAGCAGGGGAGGAACCAGGUCUUGACCACACUGCGCCUGGUGGACGCAAGCAUCAACCACCAGGCCACGGGGUGGCUGAACAAGGGGGAUGUCAAGACUGCGCUGGCGGGCUUCUUCAAGGGCACCAAGAAGGUCGACCGGCUCGACGAGGUGUACGAGGCGCUGGACACCGACGAACCCGGGGAGGUGGUGCCAUACCCGCGACUGUUUGAUGAUGAUAGUGACAUGAACCAGUCAAUGUUUGCGGAGACUGUCAGGGGUCAGUGCCUGGCGGAGCGCCUGGAGUACCUCCAGGGGCAGUGGCCAACAUCGGCGCUGCCCAACUUCAUCCAGCCGCUUCCAAACCCCACCUUGGAGUUUGAUCCUGAGGCGCAAGCGCUGAUGAGGGACAUUGCUGCAGAGCGGUCCCACUUCAUGCACAGCUGGCUGGUGCUGUUUGCACCACACCUGUUCUGGCCGGGGCUGGUGGAGGUCAAGUGCCCGCUGUGCCGGGGCAAGGCGACCGCCGACGGGUGGAGCAACAAGGUUCACCAGAUCACUGGCCUGUCCGGCGUCUGGUACCUGAACGGCGCACGCUACCUUUGCUCGGACUGCCCUGGCCUGCAACAAGGCAAGGAGUACAGCCCCGCGGAAGUUGGCCAGGUGGUGGGGGAGGUGCUGGAGGAGGAGGGAGAGGAGGGGGAGGGGGAGCAGGAGGAGGAGGAAGCUGGCGCCGCAGCAGACAGCCGGCAGCGGCGGCGGGAAAGCGGGGCAGGGGCCAGCACGAGCGGCCGCGAGCAGCGGCAGGAAGAACAGCAGCUGCAGCGUGAGCACGCACAGGCAGACACGCAGAAGCGGCGGCAGCAGCGGAGUUUAACUUUCACAGCGGUUGACCCCCGCGUGGUGGCGCAGCUGCCCGAGUUUGCUCGCCGGCAGGUGCCUUUCCUGGACAGCAUCAAAAGCAAGGCGGCCGAUGCGCUGGUCGUGGCGGAAGAGCUGCGAUCAGAGGCGCUGCAGCUGCGCCGCGAGAAUGCUGCCCUCCUCCUGCGGCUGGCUGAAAGCCGCAGGGCUGAGGCUGCGCUGCUUGAGCAGGUGGCGGGCUUCCACACAGCUCGACUGGGUGCGCAGGGGCAGGGCGGCGAGCAGCAGCAGCAGCAGCAGCAGCAGCAGCAGCAGCAGCAGCAGCAGCAGCAGCAGCAGCAGCAGCAGCAGCAGCAGGAGGUGGCCCAGCAGGCGGCGGCAGCGGCGCGGUGGCCGCAGCCUUUGCCUCACGCAAGCGGCAGCAGCGGGCGCCACGCACAGGCUCCUACACCUCAGCAGCAGCUGGCACCUGGCCUCAUGGCGCUGCUGCAGGCCGGCCAGCCCCCGCAGCAGCCGGCCGGAGCAUCGUCGCAGCCACCGCCGACGGCUGGCGGGCUGCUGCCCGCCACGUUGCCGGCCAACUGGCCGCUCUCGCUGCUCGGCGGCGGACUGCCCGCAGGCAUGCUUAUCAGUGGCGGGCUGCUGCCGGCGGCGGUCAUGGGGACUGGCGCGCCGGCGCCGCCGGCGCUGGCAGCCCACUCGGCUGGUGGGCUGGCGUCGCAGGCGCUGGGGCUGGGAGGGCUGGCAGCGCUGGCCAGCGGCCUCGCCAUGGAGCUGCCGGCCCCCCAGCUGUUAGCCGAGGAGGCCGCCAGCGAGCAGGGCCAGAAGCGCAAGCGGAUCCCCACCAACGCAGCGGCAGAGGCGGCAGCAGAGGCAGCAGCCAAGCCCACGUCGCACCGCGGCCGCAAGCAUAAGUGCCGCUCCUGCGGGCGGCUGAUCUCUGAGGGGGGCAGGAUCAGCCACUGCCCUUGGGGCAAGGGCUUUUGCGCCCAUUUGUGCAUCGUGUGCAAUGAACCCAUGGCAUCACACACCGCCCCUUGCUACAAGUGUUAG